GAUUUACCUCAUUGCCAUUGUUGCAGUUUGUUGCAUCGCGAUUGUUGCAGCUUUUUGCGCAGCGGUAAGUUACAGACGGGAGUUAGAAGUUGCUGAUAUCGACUGAGCGUGUUUGCCGUGAUAUUGUGCGUUUCUGACUCAAAGAUUGGAAUGAUUUUACGUUGUCUCCAUAUCAGGCAAACAUGAACCAGCACCGAUCCCACAAUUCCAGCUUUCAGCACCAGCAGCAACCAUGCAAGAAAUGGAGAGAUGAUCAUGAACAAAAUGACAGAGAACAUAGUAAAUCUUCCAAACCAAACCACCAGCAGCACCGCUCCUCUGGGCCACCGAGCCCUCAAACUUUGAGCACCAGCAGUGAGCUGUACGAAAGAGACUUCCCCCUGUACAAGCAGCCAGUCGAAGUUGGUUGCUUUUCCUUAGACUCAGAACGCAGGUUCUUCAACGAUAGCAGGCAGAUGAGGUACUACGUGGAACCUGAGAAAAGCCCAUACUUUAACCUGCGGCAAGGGUAUAGGGACCGUUAUGUAAAGAGAGACGAAAGCGUGAAGGAAAAGCUGGACCACAUCCUCCGAUGGAUCCUGGCCAACAGACCGAAGCUGACACGGAGGUCGGACGCGUCGUCUUCAUCCAGAGGCUUCGAUGUGGACUUUGUGACGUGGCGAGGCCAUUUGACCAAACUUUUGACCACGCCCUACGAGACGCAGGAGGGCUGGUUGCUGGCCGUCACCAAUUUCAAGGGCACCCUCUACGUCAGCGAGGUGGAAACAGAUGCCGCUCGCCGGGACCGAGAGAAUCGCACCGGGAGACACCGGGAAAUGAUGUACUGGGGCUACAAGUUUGAGCAGUACAUGUGUGCAGAUAAGAUUGACGGCUACCCCGAUUCGAGCGGCACGGUCAACACCAACGAGGCCUUCUGCACGGUGGUGCAAACGCGUCUCUCGGAUCACAGGCUACUCUUCUCCGGCGAGGUGGACUGCCGCGACAAAGAUUCGGGAGCUCCGGCACCUCCCGCCUGCUACGUGGAGCUCAAGACGUCCGCGGAGAUUCGCACCCCCAAACAGCGCCGCAACUUUCACAGGUUCAAGCUGCUCAAGUGGUGGGCACAGUCCUUCCUCCCCGGAGUCCCUCGCGUCGUGGCUGGCUUCCGGGAUGAUCGCGGAGUCGUCGUCUCCGUGGAGACCUUUCGCAUCUCCGAGAUUUCGCGGCUCAUCAAGGCCGAGGACAACUGUUGGAGGCCAACCGUCUGCAUGAACUUCUGCAGCGACUUCCUGUCGUUUGUCAAGCGUGUGGCGACCCAAGACCAUCCUCGAGUGGUCUAUCUGUUGGGGUGGAAUCCCGGCUGUGAUGUGACAUACUCGGUCCACAGGGACACCUCUUAUUCUUUCCUGCCGGACUGGUACGUCAAGGAAAUGAGCUAAAGAUUCUCGCGUGAGAGGUGCCCUUGCUCAACAAAGACUCCAGAUCCUUUUUUUUUUUAAAGGCCGAUUAAAUAAGAACACUCAAC